CAUAGUAUAAGUAACUGACCGGUAUAGAAAGGUGACUGUGCUAUCAUUUACGAUGUUCUUUUUAAUCUGCUUUUUCUCUCUUUCUUCUGAAGUGUGUCAGACUCAAGCUCUUGGGGUGGCCAGCUCUAGAAUCUUCUCAGAAAAAAGUUUCUCAGCCUCAUCGUCUCGUAUGGGCAAUGAACCUUAUAAAGCACGACUUCGGAGUAGCACUGGCGCCUGGCGACCCAGAAAUGACUACGAUUCUGAUGAUUACCUGGAAAUUGACCUGGAAGACGUGUUCUUCAUUUACGCUGUAGCUACUCAAGGAAAUCGAAAAGCCGACAAAUGGACCAAAAGCUAUAAGUUGGAUUUGUUCCUCGAAAAUUGGAACAUCUACAAGGAGAACAGCACUGAGAAGAUAUUCCGAGGAAAUUCGCACAAUAAAGAAAUAGUAAAGCAAGUUCUCAUUGAAGUGGCAAGGGCACGAAUCAUUCGGGUUCAGCCAGUUGACUAUCAUGUGCAUAAAGCUCUCAGAGUAGAAGUGUAUGGAACAAAAAUACCUGCAGGAGCACCUUUACCUCAUGUUGUGGUUAACAAAGAGAAGGAAAUAUCAUUUUCUAACUCUUCAAUCAAAUGGAAUCCUCCUAAAGCUAAUGGCUGUCCAAUAACUAUGUACACCGUGUACUACAAAGCCAUCAAGUCAGAAAACAAAGAAAGCGUAUGGCAUCAUAUCAAUGCAUCAUCCGGAACUAAUGAAUUGAGCUCCAGUAGCUUACCACUUGACUGUGACACAGAAUAUGAAUUUCAAGUGUCUGCAUGGAACGAUGUGGGAGCAAGUAACCGCUCAGAGUCCUGGCAGGUGAAAUCCAUGACAGGGUACCCAGUCAUUUUCAACAAAACUAGCGAAGUGAAAGGAAGUUUUGUGGUGGUCCGUUGGAAGCCAUGUACUGCUUCUCUCUUCACUGUAUACCAUAGAGAAAUCAUUUCAGAGGCUAAAAGUCAUUGGAAAGCAGUGAACGUAUCGGGAUAUAAGACGAGUUAUAAUCUUCAUCUUGGUUGCCGAGCGGCGCAUGAAAUAGUUGUAACAGCCUGGAAUUCUAGAGCAGAGACACCACUUACAGCAUUACUAAACCAUAGCCGAUUGUGGAGAGUUAAAACGUAUGGAGGUGACAACAGUUUUUAGCAAAAAGAACUCGCAAAAAUGAAUUGUUUUUCAAUGAAAUAUCAUUUGUGUUUUUAGCUAACCAGUAUUUCAACAGUUCAUUGACUACGCCUGCUUUUGUAGCUUUGUCUUCGAAGGUUACACAUAAUGGGGAUACACGUUAUUUAGUUGUUUUAAAAGUACGUACCACGAAUAGCUACUUUCGCUUAUACGUGGUUUGGCGAAGGAGCCAGCUGAAUUCGAAAUAUUCGGAAUUCAUGAGCAAGGGCUCAAGAAAACUCUUAGGCGGUUUCCUUAGUCGCCUUAUCUUUCUACGAACGCAACGACCAUACGUAUGGCCGCACGCCGACUUCUGAUUACUCUCCAAUGCGUACAUGAUUCUUUUGGGUUGGCGUUUGUAGUGUAAAAUAUUUUAACCAAUCAUUGUUGUUCGAACUUAAAGCUCCGCAGCGUCGAAUAUGCUGGUAUCUCAUGGAAAACUUGUUUUAGCAAAGGUCGAAAAAAGACAAAAUCCACACACUGGCUUAUUUUUGCUGUUCUGACGAGCUUCUCUUUUAGAGACAGUCACGAAAUGAUCCCUUUGUGACAAGGUGUACAAAACCCUCCGAGAAUUCUUCAGUUAAACGUAAACUAACUAACCACUGACCUGUUUUGUCGUAAAUGGUUUUUUUCUUUCUGAUAUUGAAAAUAUUCAUGCAAGUGUUAGAAUGAUGUUUUCUUGACUUCCGUAAACUACUUAGCAACUGAUUCUUCACCGUUAAUUUGACGUUGAAUGGAUAAAGUUCCAACAGCAAUGGUUGACCUCAAGGUCAAGGAAUUUCGGGAUAGCCACACACUCCCAGAAGACUCAAUUACCAUCAGAAAAUAUAUAUCGGCUUAUGGGUCAGGUUUGAAUGGCCACUGCGUUUUAUAAAUGCUCCCAGGAAAAACCUCUCUAUGUCGUUAUUGCUUCAGAUAAACCGUCUCCUCCAAUUGUAAAAAGCAAAGGAGUUCAGGUGUCUGGAUGUGAUGUGAACCUUAAGUGGAGUUCUUCACAAGACAACGGCUGUCCGCUGACCAUGUAUAAAGUAUAUUACAGAGAUGUGCAAUCUACAAGUGAAGAUGAGUACCGGAACCAUAUUAAUGUUCCUGUGGGUUCUACUUCAAUGAAUCUUACUUCGCUCAAGUGUAACUCUGAAUGCAUUUUGAAAGUGACUGCCUGGAAUGAACUGGGAGAAAGUUAUGCCUCAAAUGAAUGGCGAAUAAAAACUGAUGUUUGUUGACUCAUGAUGAUUCUCUCCGGCGAACCCUCAGCUUUGCUGUACCUGUAGGAUGCGGGUUCCUUAUUCUCUUGAUUGUUGGAAUUCUAUGCUUCAGGCGAAGGAGAAAAAAGAGAAAAACUCGAGACCACAAGACAAGAAGGUUGUACAAUAUUUUAUUCUGGAAAUGUGUUAGCUAACUCAGCUCUAAUAUGUAAAAUGCUGCUAACUGUUGUAUUCCAAAGCAUUACUACCAAAGUGAGCUGGUGUCUUUCCCCUGUAUCAUCUACUUAAGGUAUUCGAUGAAGCUAGACACGAAAUCGUCUACAUAUAUUGUUUAAAAUGCAUUUCAUAGAACGCGCUCUUUCACAAAUUAUGUAUUCCUUAAUGCUUCAUGACCAAGGGAGAAAAGACUCUUCAACAUUUUAUUAGAUCGACGUCAAACAUCGUUCCCCUGCUGUUAGGAGAGAUUCCCCCGGAGCGUGUAACAAUUAUGGAAGAGCUGGGUCGAGGCGCCUUUGGAAAAGUUCACAAAGGAAUCCUAAAAGAAAUGCCGAAGGUUGAAGUAUUUUUCAAGCCUAAAGAGGAAAGGGUGGAUAUAAACAAAGGGAGAGUGGUCGCUGUGAAACUCUUACAUAGUAAGGAAAUAUUGAUAUAUUCACUUUUUUGCUUCUGCGCGUCACUUGAAGAGAUCACAAUGAAAAGAAAGAGCUGGUGAGGAUGGGCAAGAACAGUUUGUCAGAGAAAUUUCGUUUAUGCAGCGAGUUGGUACUCAC